UAAAGGAAUACCUCUUUCUCUACUUUAAAUGAGAGAGGAUUCUUCAAAGACUUCGCAUCACAUCUGGCACCAUGGAAGACAUAGCAGUAUACUGCUCAUGGGGUGAUGCACAAGUCAAGAAGAAUGAAGCCAGACUUCCGCCCGAACUACAGGCGAUCAUUCUUCAAUCCACGGGAUCACAGUAUUUCGAUGCCCUUUCGCGAGCGGCCAUAAUACCACAACAUGCAGACAGACUGUUCGCUCUGUACAGACCGCUCUAUGCCGAGCUUGCGGCUCGCUUUCCCGGAUUCGGUGCGUCGCCCUCGCUCGAUGGACUGGUACACUCCGUUUCAUGCCUCGCGAGGAUAUUGCCAUUUGCCAGCUACUUUCGUCGUCAUGUCAAGGACCUCCUAGUACAACAAUCCCUGUUGAACCGGAUACACGCAUUGGAAGGCUCCUCCAUCACACACAAUCCCAAAGACCUGCAAUCGCUCCUGCUGGCUUUGUUUCGCAUCCUGUCCUUCGAUCGAGAUCUGCUCGCUGGCACUGCGGCUCCGACCUUUUUUUCGUCUUUGCUUCGUCAUGACUCCGAGACGAUACGAUACCUUGCGAUUCAAUGUCUUUGCAUGGUCAUGCACUUUGCCGAUGCGUUUUCGGAGAGGAUGGUCGAAACUUAUGUGGGCAAAGCGGCCAUCAUCGGUGAUUGGGAAGGCCAACAGAUCGAUUUCCGCGUGCUAAAACUUUGGGAGGAGCACAGGUGGACGGAGCUUGCUGAGAAGGUCGCGCAUGUGGAUAGCCGGUUUCAGCAUGAGGUCCCAACAUCUCCCCGAGUAGUACGACCCAUGAGCCUCACCGACCUGAGCACGACGACUGCGAACCUCAGUGGUGUUAUUCUUCCUCGCUCAAAUCUCCCCGAGCCUCCGACGUCUAGUUUCGGACUCACGCCUACCGCGAAACGAAACUUGAAGCGUGUCGGUCAAUGUCUACUGGCAGAAAAGCCCAUUUUGGUAUCUGGUCCGCAGGGCUCUGGCAAGACUGCCGUCAUACAUGAAGCUGCGAGGGCUCUUGGCAAGCUCUCAGCCUUGAUCACGCUACAUCUCAACGAGCAGACGGACGCGAAGAGUCUUCUGGGAAUCUACACAUCCUCUGCUGAUGGCGAGUCAUUUACCUGGCAGGCUGGUGUUUUGACCAAGGCAAUUCAACAAGGACGAUGGGUGCUUAUCGAAGACAUCGACCGGGCUCCGGCCGAGGUCAUGGGCGUGCUUCGUCCCAUCAUUGAGAAUGCCGAGUUGUUUCUUCCCAGUCGAAAAGAGACGGUUCGAGCGAAGGACGGUUUCCGAAUCUUUGCCACGAUCAAGUCUGCGGGUCGCUCCUCUUCGACAUCUGGUUCCCGCCAAUCCUGGCUCUUAAACCCUCGCCUAUGGUCUGUGGUUGAUGUCGCCAGCUAUGAAUUGUCUGAAAUCGAGACUCUACUACGGUCGAAAUAUCCGACCAUCGAUGCUUUCACAUCCACAGUUCUACAGAUCCACGAGGAAGUUUCUGCUUUGUACAAAGACGACCCGCGCUUCAGGAGCUUGCAAACUAGAUCACCGUCCUUGAGGGACCUAUUGAAUUGGGCGCGCAGAAUUGCCAAAAGGGUCCCAGAAUCUGUAAAACUCUCCAAGUCGACCCCCAUCGCAGAAGCGACGAAAUUCCACAUCUUCAAGGAUGCGGUUGACUGUUAUGGUGGCUAUCUGAAUGACGAUGAGCUUCAUGAUGUGGUAGCAGCUUCCAUAGCUCGUCAGAUGUCCAUAUCUCCUCAACAGAUGCGGCAUUGUCUGGAUGAUGGCUUUGGAAGUGUGGUUGACAAUGGCACUUUCGUUCAAAUAGGUCGAAGCAGCCUUCUCAGAAUACCCAGCCGGCGCCGGCCAAGUCAAAAGACGCCUUUUGCCCUUACGAAAUAUGCACAACGGACGCUCGACCGUAUUGCCGCUAGCGCGAGUUGCUCGGAGCCCUGCCUUUUGGUUGGUGAAACUGGUGUAGGAAAAACUACCCUUGUUCAGCAUAUUGCCACCCUUGUGGGUCAGGAGCUCACCGUUGUGAAUCUUUCACAACAAAGCGAGGUCAGCGAUCUGCUUGGUGGGCUGAAGCCCGUGACUACCCGGUCUCUUGUUUUGCCUCUCGUCGAAAAGUUCACGGCAUUGUUCGAGGACACUUUCUCCGCCAAAAGGAACGAAAAGUUUAACAUUGCAAUCAGCAAGGCAGUUGCAAAGCAAAACUGGCCGAGACUUAUGUUACUCUGGAACGAGGCGAUUCAGCUCGCGGCAGGCUCGCUAGCUACAACCACAGAUCCGCCCAACCCAGAUGACCCCGAACGUGCUGCCAAGAGGAGAAAACUCGCAACGCCGAAGUAUGAUGCACUCCGCAGAAGAUGGGCAGAUUUCGCGGAGGAUGCAAAGAGGAUUCGUGCUCAUGUCGAGCGUGGAGACAAAAAUCACACGUUUGCGUUCGUUGAGGGAAGACUGGUACACGCUGUUCGUGAGGGUGCCUGGGUUCUGCUCGAUGAGAUUAACUUGGCUACCCCGGAUGCUCUUGACUACAUUGUCAGCUUGCUCCACAACGGCGACGACGAGAAACCUUCUCUCCUACUCACGGAAGCCGGGAACAUCGAGACUAUCGUUGCUCAUCCCAACUUCAGAAUAUUUGGUGCGAUGAAUCCUGCAACGGAUGCAGGCAAGAAGGAUCUCCCUGCUGGUCUGCGAUCGCGAUUCACCGAGAUCUACGUUCCAUCUGGUGACAGCAAUCUGGAAGAUCUCACGAAGAUCAUCCAGUCCUACUUAGGUUCUCACCUUGACAACGACAGACGGGCUGCUCCUGACUUGGCACGAGCAUAUCUGGAUCUGCAGAAGCUAAAUAUGGAGCAUAAGUUGACGGACGGAGCUGGCGAUGUUCCGCAUUUCAGCAUUCGAUCCCUCGUUCGCUGCCUCUUGUAUGUGUUGCAGCACAGUGCGAGUCAUGGCUUGAGGAGAGCAAUAUACGAGGGAUUCGCCAUGAGUUUCUUCACGGUCCUGAGUAGGGUGUCGGAAGAUCUUGCGCUCCCCAUACUCGAGAAGCAUCUGCUCUCGAAUGUCAAGAACAAGAAGUCCUUCCUCAGCCAGCAGCCAAAGAUGCCAUUCAAUGGAGAAGAUUUCAUCGCUUUCAGACACCACCUGGUCAAAAGAGGAUCUUUCAGCCCCGAUCUUCAACCACAUUACAUCAGAACCCCUUCCGUUGAGCGCAACCUACUGAACUUGGCACGAGCUGCUUCCAUGCGCCGCUUUCCCAUUCUUUUGCAGGGUCCCACGUCCGCUGGAAAGACAAGUAUGGUGGAAUAUCUCUCAAAGCUGUCCGGGAAUAAGUUCGUCAGAAUCAACAACCACGAGCAUACCGACCUCCAAGAGUACUUGGGAAGCUACGUGUCCGAUGCAGAUGGCAAGCUACAAUACCGAGAAGGUGUACUUGUGAAUGCUCUUAGACAGGGCUACUGGAUCGUCCUCGAUGAACUCAAUUUGGCUCCUAGUGAUGUACUGGAAGCACUGAACAGAUUGCUCGAUGACAACAGGGAACUCCUAAUACCCGAAUCUCAAGAAAUCGUUCGACCACAUCCUAAUUUUAUGCUCUUUGCGACGCAGAAUCCGGCCGGACUGUACGGUGGUCGCAAGCGUCUCUCGCGAGCUUUCCGAAAUCGAUUCCUGGAGCUUCAUUUCGAUGACAUCCCCGAGAACGAGCUUGAAAUUAUUCUUCGUGAACGAGCACAAAUUCCUCCUUCUUUCUGUGCCCAGAUUGUCGCAGUUUACAAGAAGCUUUCACUGCAGAGACAAUCAUCUAGACUAUUUGAACAGCGUAAUAGCUUUGCGACUUUGAGAGACUUGUUCAGGUGGACGUCAAGAUCGGUCGAUGACAGACAGCAACUGGCUAAUCAUGGAUUCAUGCUCCUGGCUGAACGGGUACGGGAGCCGGCAGAGCGUGCUAUAGUCAAAAAGACCAUUGAGGAAACAAUGAAAGUGGUCAUCGAUGAGAAUGUGCUCUAUGGAUUGCAAGCCAUUCCAAGUUCUGUGCAGAGCUCAGGUACUAUCGUCUGGACCUUGGCUAUGCGCAGACUUUUUGUUUUGAUUGAGCAAGCAUUGAAGAACAACGAGCCUGUCCUGCUUGUCGGUGAGACAGGAUGUGGCAAAACACAAAUCUGUCAAGUCAUUGCAGAAGCAUUCGGUCGACCUCUAGAUAUUUACAACGCACACACCAACACGGAGACUGGAGACCUCAUCGGUUCUCAGCGACCCAUCCGAAAUCGAUCUGACCUUGAACUGCGUAUACGAGAAGACUGGCGAUGCUUGUUCCCAGCACCAGAAGCAGAAACACCCGUUGAUGAAGUUGAGAUUGAUCAAUUGAUCAAGGGUUUCUCAAAUAUGGAUGUCUCCAGCCUUGACCCUGAAGCCGUUGCACGAACGCGUGCUAGUAUCGGAGCAUAUCAGUCCAUGUUCACAUGGAGUGACGGAAGCUUGAUAAGAGCUAUGAAAACAGGAGAUCAUUUUCUGCUGGACGAAAUUUCCCUAGCUGAUGACUCUGUGUUGGAACGGUUGAACAGUGUCCUCGAACCUUCAAGAACGAUCUUACUGGCGGAGAAAGGAUCUGAUGACAAUCUUGUCGUCGCUCAUGCGGAUUUCCAGUUCUUAGCCACGAUGAAUCCAGGCGGUGACUAUGGCAAACGUGAAUUGAGUGCGGCUCUUCGCAACCGGUUGACUGAGAUCUGGGUUCCGCCUCUAUCACAAGAAGCAGAUACUUUGCCAAUCGUCCAAAACAAACUGGUAUCAGGUCAAGAGAAGGUCGCACGGCUGAUGCUGACAUUUGCUAUCUGGUUUCGUCGUACGUUCCAUUCCACUGCAUCCGACACUAUCCCCCUUCGCGACUUGCUUGCUUGGGCAGACUUUAUCAACCGUGCUUCUCCUCUCGGAGAAGAGCUCGCGUUCAUCCAUGGAGCUUUCAUGGUUUACAUCGAUUCCAUCGGAGCGAACCCCGCUGGGAUGAUUUCGAUAGGAUCACAGAAUCUGAACGACUCCCGACAAGCCUGUCUGGCACACCUCCAAACGCUGGUGAAUAUUGAUGUUUCGCAGAGUUACUACGAAUCCCCUGAGAUUCAGAGGACGCAAGGCCACCUUCGUGUCGGGCCUUUUGCACUUUCGCGAAGUCAGGUUCAUGUGCAGGACCACUCAGAGCUAGUGUUCGACGCUCCCACAACAUUACGGAACACUAUGAGAAUCGUACGUGCGUUACAGAUGGCUCGGCCUGUUCUUCUGGAAGGUAGCCCUGGCGUCGGCAAGACAGCUAUUGUGACCGCACUUGCCCAAGCCUGUGGCAAGCAAUUUACUCGCAUCAAUCUUUCUGAUCAGACUGAUCUUAUGGAUCUGUUCGGUGCGGAUACACCUUCCGAAGGCGAAGAUAUGGGAAACUUUUCAUGGCAAAACGGUCCUCUCUUGGAUGCCAUGCAGAAUGGAGGCUGGGUUCUUUUGGACGAGAUGAAUCUUGCCUCGCAGUCUGUAUUGGAAGGACUGAACUCUUGUCUCGACCACCGGAGAGAAGCAUAUAUCGCAGAACUGGACAAGUCUUUUACCUGUCAUCCUGAGUUCGCCUUGUUCGCCGCUCAAAACCCCCAUCAUCAAGGCGGCGGAAGGAAAGGUCUUCCAGCGUCCUUCGUCAAUCGAUUCACGGUGGUAUAUGCGGAUUCUUUCUGCAAGGAAGAUCUCAUGCGUAUCUGUGAACGUAAAUUCCCCAACUUACCUUUAGAUCAGCUAGAGGGUGUGGUUGAUGCAACUGCGCAGAUUGACCAAUUGGUCUCUCGCUCUCCAGCUUUCAAUAUAGGAGGUCCAUGGGAGCUCAAUCUUCGCGAUGUCAGUCGAUGGUUGACGCUCUGUCAAGGUCAGCCUACGCUUCCAGCUUCAGCCCAAUAUCGGACUAUAGUGGCUGAGAGAUUUCGAACUGAACACCAGAAAUCUCUGUCCUUCAAGAUACGCGAACAAGUCUGGCAAACAAGGUUCCUGGAAAGCUUCUACAACGCAAUUACACCGACUAGUUUUCAGAUUGGAACCUCAUUUAUGACUCGAGAUGAUGUCCAACAGCGAGCAACUGGACCAAACUCAAGUAUUGCUAUUUCCCAGCUCCCGGCUGCGAACUCUGUCAUCUCUGCAAUCAAACAGAACUGGCCCGUCAUUCUUUGUGGCCCUUCAGGGUCUGGAAAGACUACUCUUCUCCGAUCCCUUGCAGCUACAUGUGGGACAGACUAUGUGGAAUUCUCGAUGAACGCAGAUGUUGACACCAUGGACCUUGUGGGCGGCUUCGAGCAGUAUGAUGUCCAACGAGUCAUUGUGGACCUACAGCAUAAGAUUAAAGACAUUGUAAGAGGAGUUGUUGCGCAUUCACUACAGAUUAUGGACUCCCAAGGACUGCACAAAGUUGUACUUGAUGCGUGGCAACUUAUUGAUGCCGACGAGAUCAGUCUCGAUGAGCUUUCACGAGUUCUGCCUUCGAUUUCAAGGGCCUUCCCAGAACUCGAGGCUUCUGUUCAGGCAAUUGCGGAGCUCUCGAGGACCUCCGACAUUGGACGAUCACGGUUCGUCUGGAAUGAUGGCAUCUUGAUUGAUGCCAUUGAGAAGGGCUCCUGGCUGGUUCUGGACAAUGCGAACCUCUGCAACCCUUCUGUCCUCGACCGCCUGAAUUCGCUCCUGGAGCCUAACGGUGUCCUCGCUGUGAGUGAGCACCACAAUGCAGGUAACGCCAGAGUUGUCAAACCCCAUCCAAACUUCCGAAUAUUUAUGACAGUCGAUCCACGCUACGGCGAGUUGUCAAGAGCGAUGCGAAACCGUUCAUUGGAAGUGUUCAUGCCUGUCCUGAAUGAGGGCGACCUCAAGCCACAGUUGAUCCAAUAUCCAUAUGCAUCGUCUAUCGCCCGGCUGAGACAGUUGGCACAAGCAGCACCACAUUUUCCCAAGCCUGAAGACAUCGAACCCUUUGUUUACAACCUUUCACAUGAGGAGAUGUCUCUAAGUCUGAAUAGAACGACUUCAAUACCUGGCAGUAUUACGCUAAAGGAAGUAUUGACCUCGAUGACCAAUUUCGACUCUCUCGGGGCUUGCCGGCUGUCAUCCCUGUCUGGAAAUCCAAGCUUGCUAUACACCCCACAGCUUGUAGCUCUCGAUGAGCCUUUGAUUCAACUCCAAAUUCCACUUGACCAGCAGAUCUGGAGUUCUGUGACCGCGGAGCUGUUCACUCGAGCAUGGUAUGUUACUCGAGAUAUGGUCAAAAUUAAAGCUAGCUUGACGGCGGCUGCUGAGAAUGCCGCCGCUAUCUCGGCCAAAGACAGAACUGUCUUAGAACGUUCUAUGGCGGCCAAUGGAAAGUCGAAGACUUUUGCAAACAUCCCACAAGUCUUCACCUUCGCUCAGAGUUGCCUCUCUGCACUUGAAAGAUUAAACACUGGGAGCAUCGCGGAUGUGCGCUUUGUAAGAGCUUUUGGACAAAUAUCUGCAUUUGUGGGUGACAUGAUCGUUCUUUCCAAGGUCAAGACCAUGGAUUUCACACUUUUGCAAGCCUAUGUUCAAAUAGCCUAUGCCAUGGCGGGUGAUAUCGAAGAAACCUAUGCAGAGGUGGCGACUGCAUUCAGGAAGUGCCUUGAUCUGCUCACACCCCGAGACGAAGGACUCAAAUACGGACAAGGACUUCAACUGAUGUGGCCACAAUUCCAUCCCGAGACAGCCCGAAGCUCAUCACAACUGGAGUUGCAAUUGACAUUAGAGACACUUAUUGCGAGAUUCGACGCCGCGUGUCGUUCCCUGCCACAAUCUAGAGCGUCGUUGUCCGUCAUCAGAUCGAAGCUGCAGCAGACCUAUGAUUCUGUUUUCAGUUCAAACGGCGAGCUGUCCUUGUUGGAACCUCUACAAGAGGCUGUUUCUGAACUUGAAAUGAAAUCUGAAAACGGGUUUCCAUUGAUCGGUAAAUUCCAGCGUACGAUCGACUACAUCCGCCAGGUUACCAUUCUUGGUGACGGCGAUGUGUCAUCCUCCGAGGUGCAGGUGUUGACAAUGUUUUCGACUGCCACCCCAGCAAUAUUGAUGCUUGCGGGAGAGAAGACUUUGCCAUUUUCCCUCAAUCAGCUUGCGUCACUUGAUACUUCCCUGCUAAGUACCCACGGUUCGGGCGGCACCGAAUUCGUCGCGCAAUUGUGCUCCGUACUGGACCAACCACUUGGUACGCUUCAUCAUGCAAAAGAAGAGUUGUCUCUUGUUGCGCAAGGCCUUGCCUGCAACACGAACAAUUUCGCCAACUGGUCGGGUGCUUUCAUGGAACGUGUCCGUAUCGUUGUCUCCGGAAUAAUGUUUGCACACUCUGGGAUGCUUACAGGGCGAGCAAAAGCUUGUUUAUCUGGUCAGUACACGUGUGACCUUAUGCGGCUGGCACAUCUGUCACAGGACGAUAUCAUACUGCCAGGUCAUACCCGACAAUAUUUCAGAGAAAUCUAUCUCCGCAAUAUUCAUCCGAUUCUGCUCUCACUUGUUUCUCAAGAUCAUGUUGGCCCCGAAGAGCUCUCCGAUUGUCUAAUCAGAUUAUCUUUGGCCGGUCUCGAGUUGAUGGUGCCGGACAAGAUCAUGGACCCUGCUGUCUUUCCCAAUGUUUCUUUUCAGCUACACCAACGGCGUGUUGCUGAACUCGAGAGUAGAAUUGCAGGCCAGACAAAGUUCCAUCAAUUGACCAUGGGACAAGACACUAGCAUGGUGAUUCGAACCCUGAGGUCGGCCCUCUCUGACCUAGGAAGCGUCUCGCCGCCACCAACUGUCUUGAGGCCUGACCGGUCGGAGCUGAACAAGAUUCAGGAGACCUUCACACGGAUUACUCAAGGUCUCCUCAGUAGCCAGCCCAGUCACGAUGAUGAAGUCAUAAACUCGGAAUGGGUGCAGCAAUGGACAAAGGAACAGGGCCAACUCAAUCUACGUGCCAUGAUCGAGCGUCUCGAGGGUGCCGACCGGACUUAUGAUGAUUUUGUGAAACCAAUCCUAUGGUUCCUGAAGUGCUUUUCUCAUGGAAUUGAUCUCAUAGCAGCACGGGUAAAUAAGCAGCAUGACGAGGGAGUGAUUUCGAAGAUAGCGCGACACGCUCCAAUGCUGGGAGCCCAGCCAGACAAUUUACAGCUCUGGGAUGUGACGUCCGAAUCCGGGUCCAAUCUCCAAUGGCUCGAAUUUGUCGCCAUGGACAGUUCGCUGAUGCCAAAGAACAGCUUUACUGUCAGCCAGCGUUUGCUAGGUGUCCUUGACCAUUUUUAUCUUGCAUGGAAGACUCAUCUAACCAAGGACCAAGCUGAAGCUGCUGUCCAGUCGCGGUAUUACACCUAUCGAGGCGAUGCUGCCACGGAAACAGAUGACGAAUUGCGUGAGUUGCAAGAAAUGUUUCCAGAAUUCGUGGAUCAGACAACAGAGCUUGAAAAGCCGGACUCAAAGUAUGAUGCUCGAGCUAUCGCAGUCAAGCUUGCCACUCUUCAUGAGAAGAUCUACGCCUUGCAAGACCCCCAACUUACCCUGAGAAGUUAUACAUUGGGUGCAUUGGAGGAGAUUGCCAAACACAGUAACCACCAGAGUGACAUCGCCAGCACCUUCUUUAUUGACCUCUUGCCUGCUAUCCUGAUCCAAAUGGAAGAAAGAAUGGCUGCCCUGCAUGGCACCAACCGGACUCAGCACCUCAACAUCUACAGUGAUUCAGACUUGGCAGAAUAUGAGAAGCUCUUCACGCUUGUUCAUCAAGUUCAAGCACGAUUUCACACCAUUGCAGAGAGGUGGCCAGAGCACGCAGUUCCAGCUGAAGUACUCGCCUACUGCAACGAAGUUUUGUACUUGAACCUCGGCGAUCCAGUUGCCAAGUUCAUGACCAAGACAGAGAAGUUGUAUGAAAUAGUAUCUCAGUGGCAAAGUGUUGCUAGCAGAGAGUGGUCAGUUGCGCCGUUGAUUGAUCAACUAAGUGCUCUCAUAGUACGCUGGAGACGCCUCGAACUGUUCUCAUGGGCUGGGCUUUUGGACGAAGAAAAAUGCCGACACGAACAAGACGCCCAAGCCUGGUACUUUAUCGCCUACGAAUCCGUACUGCACAACUCUGCGAGAAUACUCGCUGCCGGCGAAGACAUGCAACUGUACUGCAAGGACCUGGCACGAACUCUCGAAGGCUUCUUCAAGACGACCAGUCUAGGACAGUAUUCGUCUCGGCUUAAGCUGCUGGAUACUUUCAACCACACUCUCAAGGAUAUCGCGAAACAAGAUCCAGGCAUGCUAUCAGUGCACAGCUGUGUUUCAAACCUCAUUGAGCAUUACCGGAGAUAUGAACCUGGUAUUGAGACAACGCUUCGAACUGGACGUGCGAGUCUAGAGAAGGCCCUCAAAGAACAAAUACAACUGGCAAGCUGGAAGGACACAAACAUCGCCGCUCUUCGUGACAGUGCGCGCCGAUCACACCAUAAAUUGUUCAAGAUUGUCAGGAAGUACCGUGAUCUUCUUAAUCAGGCUGUGACUAUCUCAAAACCAGCUGCAGAAUCUGUGGGAGAGCUUACAGCAACUACGACAGAGCUGGAUGCAGCCGAGCCAUUCCUCAACAUCUCAAUGAUUCAAGAUGCUUCGGUGAAAUGUGGGCAUGCGUUACCGGACUGGAACACAAGACCGGCACGGUUGACCGAUACGAUUGGAGCCGUGAAGAGCAUGCGCCACCUAUACACCAAGAAGACGACAGAGCUCGAGGCUCAACUAGAAUUGGCCUCACUCAGGGACGAUUUGAAGAGCGCCAUUAAGCAGUUGAGGUCUGAAACUCCUUCGGCAUUGACGGAGGAGAAUGCUGCUUCGGUACGUCACCUCCAGGAGAGGAAGAGACGCUUACUGGCCGACACAUUGAAAACAGUCUCGCAGAUGGGUAUCAGACGGAAUCUGCCAACAUCGGAGCUCGAGAAACAAUCUUCCGCAGCUCUCAUUCUAGCUUCUUCUCCCGGUCUUCUCUCGAACGGUCGGCAGGCCAUUGCCUCCCAGGCUACUGCUGUAUUCCACGACCUCCUUGAUCUAAUGUCUCAAGUUCGAGCAGGGCGGACAAAGCAUUCUGAAGAUCUCACAGAGGGUGAGGUUGGAAGAAGUAUGGGUCUAUUGGAGGGACUUUUGUGUGUGAUUCUCAAUCAACGUCAAGCCAUUGCCUCAUCUGGAGAGAGCUCUGUCAAUUUGGAAACCCAGUUGGCUCUGUCGCGUUCUUGUUUAACCCAAGCCCCCAACCAGCUCUCUAACUCAUCUGGCUCGCAAGAGGGUGAUCCAUCGUUAACCCGGCAUUUGGCAUGGCUGGCAGAGGUCCUGACAUUGUCCUGCAGGAUUUUGACCUUCCAGGCACAGCAUGCUAAAAUCGAUCUUGAUCAACUCCUGGAUUGCCUGCGUAACUAUAUUACACGCAUCAGAGGACACAAGUCCGACCUUGAACAAUUGCCAGGUCUCCCGCUGGGAUUGAACAGCAGAAUUGGCGACUCUUCGAAAAGUCAGAGUCUGCAAACACUGUCAGAGCUCGCCGUGGUUCUGCGAGAAUGGCAAUCUAAAGAACCCCGCGUUGACUUUGUCCUGCGCCAGCUUGUUCCUUGGACCGAAAACUUACAGGCGUUGCAGCAGGUCAAGGAGAACGGUGUCCGCAGCACAAGUUUGUCAUCAUGGGAUGACCACCUCAGGACACUAAUCGAUCAGAUAUUUGUUGCUUUGCAAAAAUGGUCCUCAGUCCAAGAGGACACACCAAACUCAAUCGAAGAACAAGGUUGGCUCACCAAGAUUGAGCGAUGUGCUGUUCAAGGACAUCGAGCGAUGCAGGUCAAUUCUAUCAGUGCUAGUAUUGGAUCUCUACUCGGAAAUUUCCAUUCCCUGGAUUCCAACGACUUCAUCAUUGCAUGUGAUCUGUUGCAAGUGGCCUCUCCUGUCCUUGAGCAGUUUUACCACAUUUGUCUGCAUCUACACAGCCAGCAAGUUGCUGUCCACCUGGAGACGUGCCGCUUGGCUCUCCAGCUAGCUACUUCUUUUGACGCACUUCUUUCUCAAGGCUUCUGCCGUCCUUCGGAACCAAGCCAAGGCGAAGAACAGUCUGGCAAACUCGAAAGCGGUACUGGUCUAGGGGAAGGCGAAGGAGCAGAGGAUAUCAGCAAGGAUGUAGCCGAAGACGAAGACUUGUCAGAGCUCGCACAGACAGGUCAAAAAGAAGACCGCGAAGACGAGAUGGAAAAUGCAGAAGAUGCCGUUGAUAUGGGCAUGGAUGAUCUUGAGGGAGAUAUGGGAGACAAAGAGGAGGAGAAAUCUGAUGAUGAAGGACAAGGUAGAUCUGAUGAGGAGGAGGGAGACGACGAUAUCGAUGAAGAGACUGGAUCGGUAGAUGACCUUGAUCCAAAUGCGGUAGAUGAGAAGAUGUGGGACGACAUGAAGAAUGAGUCUGAAGACAAGGAGAUGAAGAAUGACAAGGCCGAGGGGAAGAAAUCGGACGAUCAGACUGCUGCUGAUGGGGAGAAGGGCGAGGGAGAAGACAUGGAAGGCCAAGAAGGCGAAGAGCAGGUGGACGAGGACGAUGGAGAAGAGGGCGAGGGGGCUGAACGACCCGAAGCUGAGAACAUGGACCCGCACACCGACAACCAAGACGCUCUGGAGCUGCCGGAAGAGUUACAGCUGGCUGGAGAAGAGGAGGUCAAGGACGAUAACAUUUCUGAUGAUGGAGUGGAUGAAAUGUCCGACAUUGAUCAGUCGGCAGAUGAAAUAGAGGAUGCCGAGUUAGACGAUGUUGAGAAAGAAGAGAAGUCUUUUAAUGAAGACGCUGGUGUUCAAGAUGAUGUCGAUCAGAAAGACGAGGUUGAGAAUGGCGUUGGACAAGACGAUGAGAUCAUGGAGGAUCAGGAGGAGCUCGACGAGGACGAGAACGAGAUAGGGGAGCACAGAACACGUGACGACGAUACUGCACAGGAUCAAGAUGAGCCAGCUGGAGGCGACACGGGGGCUGCCGACACUCGUCAGGACACAAAUGACCACCAGCAGCAGCAAGACGCACAGGCUAUGAACGAUGCUGAGCAGGAGCCUAAUCCGGAACAAUCCCGACCUGGCAAAGCUCCAGAGAACCAAGAGCAGGGAGAAACAGGGAAAGGUGCUGCCGAGCUCGGGGCGGGAAGGACUAACGAGGUCGAGCAUCAGCAGAACGAGGCAUUAAGAAAACUGGCGGAUGUACUGGACCAGUGGCACAAUCGUCGAGAGAUAUUAUCAGCGUCGGAGGAAAACUUGCAAACCGACAUGAAGCAAGAUAUUGACAUGGCUGACGUCGAUUUCGAGCAUGUCCAAGAUGAAGAAGACGAAGGAGAUGCUCAAGCUCUCGGCGCUGCGACUGGCGAACAGGCCCAACAAAAUCUCGAUCAGAGCAAAGCUAUCGAAGAUGAGGACAUGGCUAUUGAUCAGGACGUGGAAGUGCCUGAUGUCCUUGAACCAGAAGUGCAAGAUAACAUUGCCGAAAGAUUGAAUCGUCUACAACAAGCUCAGAUGAACGCAGGGGAAGAGGCAAAGGGCUCAGGGGCAUUCCUCCCAAGUCAAGAACGAGGGAUCAAUCGACACAGCAACGAUCAACAAGAAGAUGUUGAGGCGGCUCAGGAUGAUAUGCUUUCUGACGUUGAGGAUGUUGAUAAUCUCGGCCACCACGACGACAAUGUUCCUGCUGCACCGUCGCCACCGACAAGCACAGCCGACGCCGCACAACUCUGGAACCAGUGCUCCGCCGCGACGCACCAAUUCUCGCUCGUCCUGACCGAGCAGCUGCGGCUCAUCCUCUCGCCCACGACGGCGACCAAACUCCGCGGCGACUACCGGACGGGCAAGCGGCUCAACAUCAAGCGGAUCAUCCCCUACAUCGCGUCCAGCUACAAACGGGACAAGAUCUGGAUGCGCCGGUCCGUGCCGAGCAAGCGCAACUACCAGAUCAUGAUCGCCGUGGACGACAGCAGGUCCAUGGCCGAGUCCGGGGCCGACCUUUUGGCGUUCGAGACCCUGGCCAUGUUGACAAAGGCCCUGUCGAUGCUCGAGUCGGGGGAGAUUUGCGUCGUCGGGUUCGGCGACGGACCGCACGUCCGAGUCGCCCACCCUUUCGGCACGCCGUUCUCCCCGGCCGAGUCGGGCCCCCACGUGUUCCGGUCUUUCGGCUUCGACCAGCGAGGCACCGACGUGAGGAACCUCGUGGAGGAAAGCAUCCGGUUGUUCCGCGACGCUCGACUCAAGGGGGGCCACGCCGCCUCCGAGGACCUUUGGCAGUUGCAGUUGAUCGUCAGCGACGGCCACUGUUCCGACCACCAGGGCAUCGCCAGGCUGGUCCGCCAGGCCCAACAGGAAAAGAUCAUUGUCGUUUUCGUCAUCGUCGACGCCGGACGGGACAGCAUCUUGGAUCUACAGGAGGCGGUCUACGAGCCGGACCCGGCGGCGGCGGCGGCGGCAGGGGGACAAGUGGAAAUGAGGUUGCGAACGAAACGUUACCUGGAGGACUUCCCGUUUCCUUAUUACCUCGUCGUCAGGGACGUGAGGGAUCUACCCGGUGUUUUGGCGACGGCCUUGAAGGGCUGGUUCGGGAGUGUGGUCGAUGUGCAGUAAAAGUGACUGGAUAGACACUCACAUGUCGUAGGUACACGGUGCACGUGUACAAGGUGUAUAUUAUUAGUUGACAAUCACAUGGCUCUGGA